AUGGUUCACAUAACUCCUAGAUCAAUCAACAAUUACAUGGAUUUCAUUGAUUAUGAUGAAAUCAAAUAUGCUGGAACACAAGAAAAGGAGCAUGUAACUGGACAAACCGAUUAUGAAGCAAGACAUGUGAUGUUCAAGAUUAAGGACAAUGAUGGCAAAAAGAUGAUAUGUGUUGCAGUUGGAGAGUCUUGUGAGCUGUUUGUUAACAAAUUGUCUACACGUUUAAGUUCUCCUAGAUACAACAAUGAUCCUAUCGUGGCUGUUAUGCGAUUCUGGAGGAUCUCCGAAAUAAAAGGUGCUUAACUAUAUUGAAUUACAUUAUUUCUAUUAAUUUGAUCAAAAACUAUAUAUGCAUAUUUAUUUAAUCUAAAACUCUUUUUGUUUAUUCCUCUAUAAGGUCACCUUGCUUAAUGAGUGUAGCUGGCUGUUCAAGGGUUUUUAUUGAUGAACAAUUUCCAGAUUUCGAUAUCUACAGAUACAUGUAAUUUCAUACUUUAUGGUUUUCUUAUAUUU